AUGCUCUUUCACUUUAUACGUUUAUUUUACCCACCCCCUUAUUCCUUUCUUUUCCUCUCUUUUAUUCCUUCUCCGUCUAUUUCUCUUUCUUCCAUUUUCUCAUAUUCCUUCUUAAUUUAUCUUUCCCUGUUUGUAUUUCUUCCUCUCUCUAUUAUAACAUCUCACUCUUGCUUUCUCUAUCUCUCUAUUUCUAUCUAUCUAUCUAUCUAUCUAUCUAUCUAUCUAUCUUUCUUUCUUUCUUUCUUUCUUUCUUUCUUUCUUUCUUUCUUAUCCCUAUUCUAUUUCUAUCCCUCUUUCGUUCUUUCUUUCUUUUCUUUCUUUCUUUCUUUCUUAUUCCCUCUCUAUCAUUCUCACUCUAUAUUUCUCUUUCUUUUCCUCCCUUUUAUUCUUUCUCUCUUUCUCCAUUUCUCUUUCUUCCUUUCUCUCUCAUCCCUUCAUUAUUUACCCCUUCGUAAUACUUUUUGUCUGUCUCUCUAUUAUUUUCUUUCUAUCUUUAUUCCUUUAUUUCUCUUUCAUUCUUUCUUUCUUUCUUUCUUUCUUUCUUUCUUUCUUUCUUUCUUUUUCUUUCUUAAUAUUUCUAUUUUUCCCUCCCUUUUAUUCCUUCUCUCUCUAACUUUCUCCGUUUCUCUUUCUACCGUUCUAUUUCAUCCUUUCUUCAUUUAUCGCUUCCUAACAUUUUUCUGUCUUCUCUAUUAUUUCUUCAUUCCUUUCUUUCUUUCUUAUUCCCUUUCUAUCUUUCUCUCUCUUUAUUUCUCUUUCUUUCCCUCCUUUUCUCUCUCUCUCUCUCUCUCUCUCUCUAACCUUCUCUAUUUCUCUUUCUCCCUUUCUCUCUCUUCAAUUCUUUAUUUAUCCCUCCCUAUUUCUUUUUCUGUCCUUGUACUAUUUCCUCUUUAUCAUUAUUUCUCUUUCUCACAGUCUUUCGUUCUUUCUUUUUUUUUCUUUCUUUUUUUUUUCUUUCUUUCUUAUUCGCUCUCUAUUUUUCCUUCCUUAUUUUACUUCCUUCCUCUUCUACAAAAACGUCACCCGGGAUCUUUCUCAAUGUCCAGAAUCGUUGCCAAUGUGAAUGAUUGUUUAUACUCGCCAUCAGACUUUCUCCACUCCCGGUUCCAAAGGCAUUUAACUAUUGUUCGCUGA